UCAAGAACGUUUUAUAACUGAAACGACUACAUUUUAAUUUUCAUUUUCAUUUUUCACAAACACGCUCUGUUCUUUUUCUCUCAAUCCACAAAACUAAACCCUAAUCAAGUGUUGUAUAGCUGUUUCUAGAUGGCAGUGGAUGAUGUUCAUAAUCCGCUUCUUGCAGAAACAACUUGUGGAUCUUUACUACUUCAAUUGCAGAAAAUAUGGGAUGAAGUUGGAGAAAGUGAUCAGGAAAGAGAUAAGAUGCUUCUUCAGUUAGAACAAGAGUGUUUAAAUGUGUAUAAAAGGAAAGUUGACCAGGCUGCAAAGUCAAAGGCUCAUCUUCUUCAAGCAUUGGCAGAUGCUAACCGUGAAGUCAACGCCCUUCUUGCAUCUCUAGGAGAGAAAUCAUCUAUUAACAUUCCUGACAAGGCUUCGGGAACCAUCAAAGCACGUCUUGCUGCUGUUGCACCGGCUCUAGAACAAUUGUGGAUGCAGAAGGAAGAAAGGAUAAAACAGUUUUCAGAUGUGCAGACACAAAUUCAGAAAAUAUGUGUGGAAAUUGCAGGGAGUGAUAAACUUACACAAAGCUUUAAAGUUGAUGAAUCUGAUCUAUCCUUGAAGAAGUUGAAAGAAUUUCAUGAUCAUCUUCAAGAACUUCAUAAAGAAAAGAGCCAGAGAUUGGACAAAGUUCUUGAAUUUGUGAACAAAUUACAUGAUAUGUGUGGUGUACUUGGGAUUGAUUUUUAUAGUACACUUAAAGAUGUCCAUCCUAGCUUGAUUGAUGCCACAGGUGCGCAAUCUAAAAGCAUUAGCAAUGACACAUUAGCGAGGCUUGCGAAGUCUGAUGUAUCUUUAGAAGAAGUUAAGAAGCAAAGGUUACGCAAGCAUCAAGAUCUUGCAGCUCAGCUAAUCGCACUUUGGAAUUUGAUGGAUACAUCUGAAGAAGAAAGAAGGUUGUUUGAUCAUCUUACCUGCAACAUCUCAUCUUCAGUUGAUGAUGUGACAGCCCCAGGGGCUCUUGCACUGUAUUUGAUUGAACAGGCUGAGGUGGAAGUUGAAAGACUGGAUCAGCUAAAAGCUAGCAGAAUGAAAGAGAUUGCUCUUAAGAAGCAAGGGGACCUUGAAGAGAUAUUUGCGCGCGCACACAUCGAGAUCGACAUGAAGGCUGCUAGGGAGAAAACUGUGGCAAUGAUUGAAUCUGGGAAUGUUGAACCUUCUAAGCUGUUAGCUGACAUGGAUGCGCAGAUCGCUAAAGCAAAAGAAGAAGCUCUUAGUAGAAAAGAUAUAUUGGAUAAAGUAGAUAAGUGGAUGUUAGCUUGUGAAGAAGAGAGUUGGCUUGAGGAUUACAACAUGGAUGAAAACAGGUACAAUGGAAGCAGAGGUGCACACUUAAAUCUCAAGCGGGCUGAAAAGGCCCGAAUUUUGGUCAGCAAAAUCCCAGGUCUUGUUGACACAUUGGUUGCCAAAACCCGAACAUGGGAAGAAGAACAUGGAAUGGCUUUUGCUUAUGACGGUGAACCGCUUCUCACCAUGCUGGACAAAUAUGUUGUGAUGAGACAUGACAGAGAAGAAGAGAAAAGACGGAUGCGGGAUCAGAAGAAAUUUAAUGAACAGUUGAACGCAGAGCAAGAAGCCAUGUUUGGUACAAAACCUAGUCCUUUACGGCCCGUUAGUAGCUCGAAGAAGGUGUUGGGUCCACGUGUAAACGCGGCCCUAAAUGGAGGUCUUAAUAGACGGUUAUCUAUAAAUCAAAGUGGGCCAAGGUCAGUGAAGAGGGACAACCCGAGGCCUGUGGCUCCUUUGAACUAUGUGGCUAUAUCGAAAAUGGACCCGUCUCCCAUUACACCUUAGGGGUGUUUUGUUGAGAGAAGUACAUGUGAAAAGUCAUGUAUACCUAUUGUGGUGUCGUGUUAUCAUGGCCAGCUUUGAAAAGUGAACAGACAUGGGGUUGUUUAGUUACUACUUUCACAAUGCUCUUUCCAACAGGUUGGUUACUUACUGCUUGACAUUUUGAUAAUAACCCAUCUAGUUAUAAAAUUUCAGAUUUGGUCCUCAAA